CAGUGAGGGGGAGAGAGAGAUUGCUCUCCCCCUGCUUGUUAAGAUGCUAGGUGUGGUGGGACUCAAUUAUAAAUAAACUGCACAGGGUGUUGAACCAGCACAAGGGUCUCUGUGUGGUUUGUCGACUGAGACAGAAGCAGGACUGAGGAGGCCCUGUUACAGUACUGUUUGAAGUGUUCAGAGUGGAUGGUGGGAAAAACUCAUUAGACAGCAUAGUCUCUUAACAUAUUGCUGAAGGUGCAACUUACCAACGGAAGUUAUGAGGUGUUAAGUAAAAUAAGUGAUGUUCGCUUUUAAAGAACUGUUUCUUAACAAUUGAUAUGUAUAAAAAUAACUGUACUUCCUAUUUGCCCUAGCCUUCUUCAUGUAUUCCAUAAUACUUUGACACGGCUUCUUAGAUCACAGAGGUAUUCAUUUUAAGGUGGGAAAAAUCUGUGCACGCAGAAGUGUCCCAAUGAGUUCCUAAAUGCUUCAUUCCUUGCACAUCUGUAUGAUGUCUGUACAGUUCUUUACUAACAGCCCUCAAUAUAAGGCCUACCUACUUCUCAGAGGAAAUGGCUCUUGAAGUUAAAUGAGACUGGAUAAAAUAUAUACAUGAAGCAGAGGCUGCUCUACAUGUGUUAAGGCUAAAAUACCAGAAGAGUUUUUGAUCAGCCAGACUUGGUAGCUUGUCAUAAUGAAGAAAAUUAGUCUCAAAACAAUUCGCAAGUCCUUUAACUUAAAUAAAAGCAAAGAAGAAAGUGACUUUGUAGUGGUUCAGCAGCCAUCAUUAAGUGAAUUUGGAAAAGAUGACUCCUUGUUUGGCAGCUGCUACGGUAAAGAUUUGGCUAGCUGUGAAGUUAACAGUGAAGAUGAAAAAGGUGGCAAAAAUAGAUCAAAAAGUGAAAGCCUAAUGGGUACUUUAAAAAGAAGGCUUUCAGCAAAACAAAAGCAGAAAGGGAAAGGCAGCACGCCAUCUGUAAGCUCUGCUGAUGACGAUACCUUUUCUUCCUCAUCUGCUCCAAUAACCUUUAAAGAUGUGAGAGCUCAAAGACCUCUAAGGUCCACAUCCCUCCGUAACCACCAUUACAGUCCAACACCAUGGCCCCUUCGAUCGACAAACUCAGAAGAGACUUGUAUCAAAAUGGAAGUGAAAGUCAAGGCCUUGGUCCACUCCUCUAACCCAAGCCCAGCACUGAAUGGUGUUCGAAAGGACUUCCAUGACUUGCAGUCAGAUAGUGUGUUUCAAGAACAAAACAAUACAUUAAAAAGUACAGAAUCCCAGAAUGGGGACCUACAUCUUCAUAUUGAUGAACAUGUGCCUGUAGUUAUUGGACUAAUGCCUCAGGACUACAUUCAGUAUACUGUGCCUUUAGAUGAGGGAAUGUAUCCUUUGGAAGGAUCACGUAGUUACUGUCUGGAUAGUUCCUCACCCAUGGAAGUUUCAACUGUUUCUUCUCAAGUGAGCGGAAAUGCUUUUCAUGAAGAUGAGGGUCAGGUGGAUCAAGAUGUAGUUGUUGCUCCAGAUAUCUUUGUGGACCAGGCAGUGAAUGGUUUGUUGAUUGGUACCACAGGAGUCAUGUUGCAAAGCCCAAGAGUUAAUCACAGUGAUGUCCCUCCACUCUCACCAUUGCUACCUCCAAUGCAGAAUAGUCAAAUCCAAAGGAACUUUAAUGGACUGAAUGGCACAGAUGCCCAUGUGGCUGAAAGUAUGCGCUGCCAUUUGAAUUUUGAUCCUAACUCUGCCCCAGGAGUUGGAAGAGUUUAUGACUCUGUACAAAAUAGUGGUCCUAUGGUUGUGACGAGCCUCACAGAGGAACUGAAAAAACUUGCAAAACAAGGAUGGUACUGGGGUCCUAUCACACGUUGGGAGGCAGAGGGAAAGCUGGCGAAUGUGCCCGAUGGUUCAUUUCUUGUUCGAGAUAGCUCUGAUGACCGUUAUCUUUUAAGCCUGAGUUUUCGCUCCCAUGGUAAAACUCUUCAUACUAGAAUUGAACAUUCAAAUGGUAGGUUUAGCUUUUAUGAACAACCAGAUGUGGAGGGACAUACUUCUAUUGUUGAUCUAAUUGAACAUUCAAUCAGGGACUCUGAAAAUGGAGCUUUUUGCUAUUCAAGGUCUCGAUUGCCUGGAUCUGCAACUUACCCGGUGAGAUUGACAAACCCAGUAUCUCGGUUUAUGCAGGUGCGUUCCUUACAGUACUUGUGUCGUUUUGUUAUACGUCAGUAUACGAGAAUAGACCUGAUCCAGAAACUGCCUUUGCCAAACAAAAUGAAGGAUUAUUUACAAGAAAAGCACUACUGAAAGCUUAUGGGAAUCUUGCAUCUUGCACUUUGGGAACAAAAAAAAAGAUUGAAAUACAGUUUACAAAUUUUCAUUGCUAUCAAAAUCUUUUGCUGCCAUAACAAUGUUUCAUUUUUGUGUGUAAAGAA